CUGCGGUCUUGGGCGUCAGCGGCGCAUGCGGAGGGAAGGGCCAGCCCGGGUUGCUGGUCUUUCGGCGGUGGCCAUCGCUCCUGGUUCGUGCGCUGGGGUGCGAGCUCAUGUCUUCAGGAAUGCCACCAGAAAACUUUAAAACAUCCAGUGGUACUGAUACAGAGGAAAAGGUGAAGUGCAAUGUUGAUAAGGUAGAAAUUAAAGAAUUGCCACUGGAAAAGAUGGAGAAUAUUGAAACUAUGUCAAAAAGACAAAGAAAGAAGCUAAUAAAGCAGAAACAAUGGGAAGAACAAAGAGCCUUGCGCAAGCAAAAACGUAAAGAAAAACGCUUGAAGAGAAAAACGGAGCGCCAAUCUCAUCUGGAAUCAAACAGUGAAGGAAAUGUCAGGAAACGUAUGCGUAGGGAUAUUGUUCCUAGUGCACUUCGGAUUGUAAUAGACUGCAGUUUUGACAAUUUAAUGGAGUUAAAGGAUGUCAAGAAACUUCACAAGCAAAUUCAGAGGUGUUAUGCAGAAAAUCGUAAAGCACUUCAUCCUGUUCAGUUUUACUUGACCAGUCAUGGAGGCCAGCUGAAGGACAACAUGAAUGAAACAGACAAGGGAUGGAUAAAUUGGAAGGAUAUUCAUAUUAAAUCAGCUCAUUAUAAUGAAUUGGUGAAAAAGGAAGAUCUUGUUUACCUUACCUCAGAUUCUCCAGAUGUCUUGAAUGAAUUAGAUGAAUCAAAAGCCUAUGUUAUUGGCGGCUUGGUUGAUCACAAUCACCACAAGGGAAUUACAUACAAAAGAGCAAAAGAACAAGGUAUAAGCCAUGCACAGCUCCCCCUAGGAAACUUUGUGAAAAUGAACAGCAGGAAAGUUCUUGCAGUCAAUCAUGUAUUUGAAAUCGUCUUGGCAUAUCUGGAAAAGAAGAACUGGGAAGAAGCCUUUUUUACUAUCUUGCCCCAGCGAAAAGGGGCCAAACUGCUGCACGGGGCAACCGAGGCGACCGUUGCCUCCCCAUGCAAGCAGCAAGAGUCGGAAAUUAUUCAAGAGGAAGUCUCUGAAAGCAGCUAAAUGUCAGUGAAAAUGCUACUCGUGACACGAGAUAGAAAGCUUCCGACUUUGGAAUUUACGGGAUGAUGCUAUACCUCGUCUCCUGGUUUCAAGCACCAGAUUUUUAUUACCAAAUUUAAGCUGCAUAUUUACUCAUAAAAUAUUUAAUAGCAUUUAAAUAUGCAAAAAAAAACCACCGUUGAAGGAGCUUAGAUUUUCAAGGAUGCCAAUAUUUAUUUUCCUUCUUAAUCUUUUAUUUAAUAUUUGCUGGAGACUAUUUGUUUUUUAUUCUGUACCUCACAAUAAAAUGUAAUUAAUAAUGCAGUGAACAUUCACUUGAUUGAAAUUAUACUGAAACUCAUAUCAAGUGUAAUGUUUUCUUGUUGUUUUUUUCUUGCUUCAUGUUUGUAAUAUUUGAUUUAUUCUGAACUUCACAACAGAAUUUUAAUGAUAAUACGGUAAACAUUCAUUUGGCUGAAAUCUGUAUUGGAACUUCUAUUAAGUAUAAUGUUUUCUUGAUUAUAAUUUUCUGUUCGUAAUAUUUGAGAUCUUUCUUUAGUAAAAGCCAGACAUGAUAAGAUGCAACUGCAACUAAAAUUGUAAAUUAAGAAGAUGAAGAGUAAUUUUGUAUUUCAUUAAGACUUUGUUUCAAUCUACAUCCUCUGGAUUCCUAUGCAGAAACAGGACAGAAAUUUAUUUUACAUUUCAACUUUUCUGAUAUAAUUCAACUACAGUUUACAUCAUGGGCACGCUUAGUAAUUUCUGCAGUAAGAAUGAAAAUGAAGGUGCAUCAUCAGAAACAUAACCUACACAGCAGCUUCCCAUUACAGUAUAUUGACAUUGUCUAAGUGUAAGAAGUUACCAUUGUAUAUGUUUCUCCCCCCAAGGCUCAGGUGUGAAGAAGCUGUGCUUUCACAACUUCUGUUUUGCAAAUGAAUACAAGAAGAGGCUCCACCCCAGUUUCACUGAAAGAUUUAUUUUAAUAGUUACAAUUCUUCAUUGACAAUAUUAAAAUUCUUGAAUGUCCAGAAAGGUAUAUUUCCUAUGUGCUAUAUGGCAUGCUGAAAAAAUAAGUCUGCUUCUUCAAAGUUACUUAGUUUUCAGAAGUUGAAAAUCACUAUGAGAUUCAGUUAUAUUCCAAAAGCUUGAAAGUUUUAAGACAAGUUAAGGAACUUUAACAUGAUUGAAGAAGUUAAGCAAAUAUCAAAAUGAGAAGCUAGCUAGAAUUAAGUUUUGUUGAUUCUCAUUCAAUUGUAUGUGAAAUUUAAAAUAACAAAUGUUCUCCCUCCCUCCCUAUACACAC